AAAUCUUCCCAGUCCUGAACUUCGGAUUUCUCAAAGCACAAGAAACAGAGAAAUUUGUUGUUUGUUUUUUUAUUAUAAAAAUAAAGAUUUCCCAGAUUUUUUUUUUUCCUUUUUUUGGGUAAAAAUUCACUGAAAGUGAUUUUUAGUGUGUACUUUCUAGUUCUACUCAACCACUGUGUGAAAAUAAUUGUUUUUAAAUUCUUAGGGAACCAUUAAAAAAUUCCCAUUCAAUAUAGGAAAAGAAAGAAUUUUUUUGCACUAUUUAGAUAAUCAAAGGCCUUUUCCCAAUCCAAAGAGACUACUUUCAACAUGCUUUGUUUAGAGCAGCAGAAUCAGACCCAGAAUCUUCUUACUCUCAAGCGGAGCUCAAGUGAUAUGAAGGAAUCUGAUCAUGAUCUUUCUGUUCAAGAAUCACCCUCUUCUUCAAGUCCCAACUGCAUGAAGCCCAGAGGGUACCAAUUGCAAGUGUUUGAAGUUGCAAAGAAGAGGAACACCAUAGCAGUGUUGGAGACAGGUGCUGGCAAGACUAUGGUAGCCGUUAUGCUUAUCAAAGCCAUUGGUGAAGCUAUCAAGUCUAAUGGCCAUAAAAAGUUGAUUGUUUUCUUGGCUCCCACUGUCCAUCUUGUUAAUCAGCAAUUUGAGUUUAUAAAAAACCAUACAAAUAUGGAAGUGGGGCAGUACUAUGGAGACAUGGGAGUUGAUAAUUGGAGUUUAGAGACCUGGGAAAGGGAAGUUAAUAAGAAUGAUGUACUAGUAAUGACACCCCAGAUAUUUUUGGAUGUCUUAAGAAAGGCAUUCUUGAGUCCAGAAGCAGUGUGCUUAAUGAUAAUUGAUGAAUGUCAUCGUGCUACUGGUAACCAUCCAUAUACAAAAAUAAUGAAGGAAUUUUAUCACAAUUCUAAUAACAAGCCAAAGAUUUUUGGAAUGACGGCAUCCCCUGUAGUAAGAAAAGGUGUCUCAUCCAUCGUGGACUGUGAAGGUCAAAUAUCAGAACUAGAAAAUAUCCUGGAUUCCCAGAUUUAUACUGUUGGAGACAGGACAGAGAUUGAAGUGUAUGUGCCCUCUGCAAAAGAAACUUGUAGAUUUUAUGACCAAACACAGUUUCCCAGUUUGGAUUUAAAGGGGAAAAUAGAGGCCUUGUGUUCCAAGUUUGAUGCAUCCUUGUUAGAGUUGCAAGGGUCAUUGCAAAGUAAUUACAAGGACACGGAUGAUAAAUUUAAUAUGCUGCGAAAGCGUUUGUCUAAUGAUCAGGCAAAGGUUUUGUAUUGUCUGGAUGACCUUGGACUCAUGUGUGCUUAUGAGGCUGUGAAAGUCUGUCUAGAGAAUGUUCCGAACGGCAACGCAGAGUGUGAAGUUUAUAGAGAAAGUUACUUUCUGUGUAAACGUUUUCUUGAGGAAGUCUUGUGUAUAAUUGGGGAAUCUUUCCCACAUGGUGAUGAAAAUCUUCUGGAUUUAGGGUCUGGUUAUUUGAAAGCAGUAGAUUUGGGCUAUUUAUCUCCUAAACUACAUGAACUUCUUCAACUUUUCCAAUCAUUUGGAGGAGCUGAGCAAGUACUGUGCCUCAUUUUUGUUGAGAGAAUUGUUACGGCUAAGGUAAUUGAGAGAUUCAUGAAGAAAGUUGCCUAUUUAUCGCAUUUCACGGUUUCAUAUUUGACUGGAAGUAAUACAUCAGUGGACUCACUGCCGCCAAAAAAGCAAAAGGAAACAUUGGAAUCAUUUCGCUCUGGCAAGGUCAAUUUAUUAUUUGCUACUGAUGUAGUUGAGGAGGGAAUUCACGUGCCAAACUGCUCUUGUGUGAUACGGUUUGACCUCCCCAAGACAGUCCGUAGUUAUGUCCAAUCUCGGGGACGAGCUCGACAGGAUAACUCUCAAUUUGUCAUGAUGUUGGAGAGGGGAAACACACAACAAAGGGAUCAACUGUUUGACAUAAUCAGGAGUGAGCGUUCAAUGACAGAUACAGCCAUGAAUAGAGACCCUGAUGCACACAUUCUGAAGGCAUGUACUACUGAGGAAGUAAAUGCAUAUCAUGUGGAAGCAACUGGGGCCUCGGUUACUGCAGAUUCUAGUGUCAACCUCAUUCAUCGAUAUUGUGAAAAACUUCCUGGUGACAAGUACUUUGUCCCAAAGCCAAAAUUUCAUAAUUCACUUAUCGAAGGGUCUUAUGAGUGUAAAAUGACAUUACCCCCUAAUGCGGCUUUUCAAUCCAUAGUUGGUCCCUCGAGUAGGAAUUCUCAUUUAGCAAAACAGCUUGUUUGCUUGGAGGCAUGUAAGAAGUUGCAUCAAAUGGGUGCUUUGGAUGACCAUCUUCUCCCAUCCAUCAAAGAGCUUCCAGAGAAAAAUCUCAUUGUAAAAAGCAAAGAAUCAGCUUCGGGUGCAGGAACAACAAAGAGGAAGGAGUUACAUGGGACUACUUGCAUUCGUGCACUAUCCGGAACUUGGGGAGAAAAAGUCGAUGGAGCCAUUUUUCAGGCCUAUAAAUUUGAAUUUUUAUGUAAUAUUCCCGGAGAGCUUUAUUCUGGAUUUGUUCUUUUGCUUGAGACAAAGCUUGAUGAUGAUGUGGGAAAUAUUGAAUUGGAGCUUUACUUGGUCUCAAAGAAGGUUAAGUCUUCUGUAUCUUUUUGCGGGCAAGUGCAUUUGGAUGCAGAACAGAUGACAAAGGCAAAGACUUUUCAAGAAUUUUUCUUUAAUGGUUUGUUUGGGAGACUGUCUUUUGGAUCUAAAUCAGCUGGAACAUGCAGAGAAUUUUUACUUAAGAAUGAAACUAGAUCACUAUGGAGCCCAUCAAACAUGUAUUUGCUUCUACCUCUUGAAACAUUGAACACUUCAAGUCCUGAGCCUUGCCAAAUAAAUUGGAUAGGCAUCAAUUCUUGCAUUUCAGCGGUAGAAAUCAUGAGAAAAAGCUCUUUGUUGGGCGCUGAACAUUGUAAUGGUGAGACAGGAAAUUUAUCACCUUAUAGGAAUGGUUCAUGCAGCACUAAUGUUAUCCACUUUGCUUAUAGUAUGGUCGACACAAACAAUCUCAAAGAUAUGGUAGUUUUGGCAAUUCACACUGGAAAAAUCUACUCUGUUGUUGAGGUUGUGAAUAAUACCUCUGCUGAGAGUCCUUUUGAUGGAAACACUGAUAAUGCCUCAUCAAAAUAUAUGACAUUUUCAGAGUACUUCAACAAAAAGUAUGGGAUAACGCUGAUGUAUCCAGGACAGCCUUUGGUGCGGUUAAAGCAAAGUCAUAACCCACACAACCUUCUUGUAAACUUCGAUGAGGAAGGCACUACUGGUAAGACAUUGGAAGCAGGUGUGCUUGUCAAAAAGGCACAAAUGCAUGUUCAUAUGCCUCCUGAGCUUUUAAUCAGGCUUGAUGUUUCCAGAGGAGUUUUAAGAUCAUUUUAUUUAUUACCAUCUGUGAUGCAUCGGCUGGAAUCCCUUAUGUUAGCCAGCCAGCUUAGAGAAGAGAUUCGUUGUUCUAGCAAAUUUCAUAUUUCAAGCGCUUUGAUUCUAGAAGCUCUUACAACGCUAAGAUGUUCUGAGAAUUUUUCAAUGGAGCGUUUGGAAUUGCUUGGUGAUUCGGUUCUAAAGUAUGCAGUGGGCUGUCACCUCUUUCUUAAAUAUCCUAAGAAGCAUGAAGGGCAAUUAACUGAUAUACGUAUACGGGUUAUUUGUAAUGCAACCCUACAUAAAUUGGGAACAGAUCUCAAAUUACAGGGAUAUAUACGUGACAGUGCAUUUGAUCCUCGUCGUUGGGUUGCUCCAGGACAGCGUUCCAUAAGGCCUGUUCCUUGUAAAUGUGGGGUGGAUACUCCAGAAGUGCCUUUGGAUGCAAAAUUCCAUACUGAAGACCCAAAAGUUAUGAUUGGAAAUAGCUGUGAUAAAGGUCAUAGAUGGAUGAGUUCAAAAACCAUAGCUGAUUGUGUUGAAGCCCUCAUAGGAGCAUACUAUGUGGGUGGUGGAAUAAUUGCUGCACUCCAUCUGAUGAAGUGGCUUGGAAUUGAUGCUGAACUUGAUCCCUCAUUAGUUGUUGAAGCAAUUACUACUGCUUCUCUACGGUCCUAUGUCCCAAAAGAUAAUGAGAUUGCAACCCUAGAGUCAAAGCUUGGUUAUGAAUUUUCUGUUAAGGGUCUUUUACAGGAGGCCAUAACACAUGCAUCCCAGCAAGAACUGGGAGUUGGCUAUUGUUACCAGAGGCUUGAAUAUCUUGGUGACUCGGUGUUGGACCUGCUUAUUACGUGGCAUCUCUAUCAGUGCUACACAGAUAUUGAUCCAGGCGAGUUGACUGACUUGCGUUCAGCUUCAGUAAAUAAUGAAAAUUUUGCUCAAGCCGCUGUAAGACAAAACCUUCACCAGCAUCUUCAACACUGCUCAGGGUUACUUCUAAGUCAGCUAACAGAAUAUGUGAAGUCUAUUUCUGAAUCUCAUACUGAUGGAUCACUCCAACGCCCAAAAGGUCCUAAGGCUCUUGGAGAUAUGGUGGAAAGUAUUGCAGGGGCAAUACUACUUGACACCAAGCUUAAUCUUAAUGAAGUUUGGAGAAUAUAUAAGCCCCUGUUGUCUCCAAUUGUGACCCCUGAUAAGCUUGAACUGCAUCCAUUUCGAAAACUGAAUGAAUUAUGUGCAUCUCGUGGGUAUUUUAUAAAAGAAAAAUUUAUAAAGAAGGGAGAUAUGGUGCAUGCCGAGCUUAGUUUACAACUGAAAGACGUCCUUUUGAUUGGAGAGGGAUAUGAGGGGGGGAAAAAAUUUGCAAGAGGAGAAGCAGCUUGUCGCUUAUUAAAGGAACUUGAGAAAAGAGGAAUUGUAUUCUCCCGAAGUGCUUCCAAAAAGAGAAAACUGGAUGCUGACCAUAUUGAUGAUUCAACUGCUCCAUACAUGGAAAUUGAUGUAUGUGAUCAAUUAACUGAUGAAAAUCUUUCAGAGCUAGCGAUCAAUAAAAAGCGAAAAUCAACUGAAGAUCAAUUGCCUCCUGAGUCAACUAGUUUUUCUUCCCCAACCAAUGAUUGUUCUAGCAAAGACUGCAGUCCCGACAGUGGCACCCCAGUUAUUGCCACAAUCAACACAAAGAAAGGAGGACCCCGAACCACUCUUUUUGAAUUAUGUAAGAAAGUGCAGUGGCCAAUGCCUACAUUCAAUUCAACAGAAAAUAAAUCAAGAUCUCCAAUUGAAUUUGGAGAAGGCUCUGAAAUAAGAAAUGGGUUUAACAGUUUUGUAUCAAGGAUAAGCUUGCACAUUCCCAAAUUCGGCAGUAUGGAAUGCACAGGAGAUGCUAGAGCUGAUAAGAAGAGUGCACUUGACUCCGCAGCGCUUGUCAUGCUCUAUGAGCUUGAACGACAGGGAAAACUUGUCAUUGGUGUCAAGUAGUGGUUCUUUAACUUAAAAAAUGGGAUGAUGUUAUGUUGUUUUUGUAUAGUAGACCACCCUAUUCAUCUUCCCUAAACCUAUAGAGCACCUAUAGAGCAAUUAGGCAACAGGCUAGUUAGGCAGUGUAUCAAACAUAAGUCUAAUCUUAGCUAUGAUGUCAAUGUACUAAAGUCAUGUACACUACUGCUAAUUAUUUGUAUGAAUACAUACUCAUAAUGAAACUAUGUCUUCAACAUUCCCUCUUUUCUAAUUAAAGGAUUGUAUAAUUCUAAGUUCUA